GUGCAAUCGAUGAACACAUCCGUCAUACGCCGCCAUUUGCGAAAGGCUGAUCGCUGCUUAGCAGCGCGAGUGUCAUCGGUUUGAUUAUGUCGAGUGUUUAAAUUGUUAUUUUCGUUAAAACUGUGAACUCAGUGCGAGGAUAUAAUCAGUUAAAAUGAUUGUGAGGUUUCUGAGCGUUUUGUGCGUCGGAGUUUUGGCGACUUCGGUGUUCAGCGCUGAGGGAAACAACGACAAUGAAGACAUACCGUACCUGGAGUUGGCGGAGCCUGAGGAGGGCUACCACGGCCUGAUCAAGGAGAACGAGACGCUGGUGGAGGUGACGCCGCCCAUCCGCGCGCGGGGGCCGCUCUGCUCCUUCCUCAUCCUCAACAACAAGCACCAUGGGGAGGCUCCAUUCGAAAUAAUGGUGAUAGACGAGAACGAAGCUCGGCUGCGCGUGCGAUUCCCGCUCAACUGCGAGAAGCGACGCAACUACAAGUUUGAUAUUGCCGCCGUGGGCUGCGACGGCUCUUAUUCAAACACGGUACCGGUGCACAUAACAGUGACAGACGUGAACGAGUUCGCGCCGGUGUUCAGCGAGGCGGCCUACGUGAAGGCAGUAGACGAGGGUCGCAUCUACGACGAGAUCCUGCGCGUGGAAGCCACCGACCGGGACUGCACGCCGCGGUAUGGAGACAUCUGCAAGUACGAGAUACUGACGGACCGGAGUCAGCCGUUUACUAUCGAUAACGAAGGUGUGAUCCGCAACACAGAAGCCCUGGAUUACGAGAAGUCUCACAACCACAUCCUGUCGGUGGUGGCGUACGACUGCGGCAUGCUGCAGUCAACUCCCGUCAUGGUCACCAUCAAGGUCAACAAGCCUUGCAUGGCUGGAUGGAAGGGCGUGGCUGAGCGCGUCGACUACGCACCAGGCACGGGCCCGCUGGCCCUAUUCCCGGGCGCGCGCCUCGCAACGUGCUCGUCGGACGUGCGCUGUCCCGGCGUCACGCGCAUCCAGGCGGCGGUCACGCUGCGUGCCGCUCGCGCCGGCGGCUGCGAUAGGGACACGUACUCGCUGCACGCGCAGAGGACUAUUUGUGGAUUGGACCCGAAAACGAUCGACCUACUACCGAGCCCCGGAGUUGGAAACGAAUGGGCUAAGUCACUCAAACCAGACUCAGGCCGCGACGGCGAGCAGAUGUUCGAGUUCGACGGCGAGACGACGGCGGCCAUCGUGCCGGAGUCGGUGCUGCCUCACUCGCUGCCCGGCAGCUUCAGCGUCAGCACGUGGAUGCGGCACGCGCCGCCGCCCGACAAUGACAAGCAUAGGAAGGAGCAUGUGCUGUGUCUCGCUGAUGAUCACAAAAUGAACCGCCACCACUACGCGCUGUUCGUUCGCAACUGCCGGCUGAUCCUGCUGCUGCGCCGCGACUUCGGCGAGGGAGACCUCAACAUCUUCCGCCCGGCCGAGUGGCGCUGGAAGCUGCCUGAAGUAUGUGACGACGAAUGGCACCACUACGCCGUGAACGUCCGCUUCCCUAACGUGGAGCUGUUCGUGGACGGCGAGCCUUACCGCGCGCUGGACGGCAAGGGCCCCGAGGUCAUUGAUGACUGGCCGUUACACCCCGCCCACGGGGUCAAUACUACACUCGUUAUUGGUGCUUGCUGGCAAGGCACAGAGAGCGACAUGAAGCACCACUUGCGCGGCUGGCUGGCCGGGCUGGGAGUGUCACGUGGGACCGUGCAGCCGCCGCGAGCGCUCGCCUGCCUCGCGCACUGCCGGGAGGGACUCAGUCUCGCGCCUGAUCUAUACCUGAAGUCGGUGUCAGUGGAGGGCGACGGCGUGGCGGACGUGGAGACCCUGCUGCGCCGCGUGGCGUACGGCGACGCUCGCGCCUUCCCCACGCCCGGCAGGCGGAACGUGCACGUCGCUACUACCAUCACUUGCGACAACGGGCGUAUAAUCAAGGCUCGCCCAGCAGAAUCCUACAUAAUGGUGCUGGCGCCGCAGACGCCCAGCAUCCUGCUGAACGGCAGCGAGGACCUCGCGCGGGACUACGCGCACUUCCGCGCCGGACUCACUGUGUUCCCGGACCUGUCUGUCAGAGUGCUGGCUGGGAACUCCCAUCCGAUUGCUGAAGCGCGCCAGAAGCUGGACUCGUGCGUAGUAUCAGUGUACCCGGCGCUGAACCCCGACCACGAGGCGCUGUCGCUGCGCUGCGCGGCGGAGCUGCCGCAGCGCUACGACAUCCGCGCCGCCGUCACGCGCGACGGCGUCAUCCUGUCGGGCGCCGACACCGUGCAUAACUAUCAGAAGGUGCUGCGUGAGAUCGAGUACAGCAACAAGAAGCCGGCGUACUACCUGAACCGCGUGUUCAAGCUCACCUGCUCCGAGCUCAACGGCCGCUUCACCAGCAACGAGUACGUGCAGACGCUGACAGUGGUACACCCGCACAUGUCUGGCGCGGGCGAGGCGGGGCUGGCGCGCGAGCUGCACCCCAGCGGCGUCGCCGACAAGAUGGACGCCGUCGCCAGGGACAAACAGUCUGAGCACGGUCACCACGGGCACGCGCUGGCGCCGCGCGUGUACGCGGCGCACGCGCUGCGCGACGCGCACGCGGCCGACGUGCCCGCGCCCCGCCUCAUCGACCUGCACGCCGAGCCGCACGCGCAGAAUCACGUAGCCCUGCUAAUCGGCGUGGUAUCGUGCGGCGUGCUGGUGGUGGUGGCGGGCGUGGCACUCGCACGCGCCCGCACUCGCACGCGCGCCCCCCGCGCGCCCGCGCGACACUCGCACGCGCUGCACGAGCUGAGGAACAGGACUGACGCAGAGAUGGCCUGGGAUGACUCCGCGCUCACCAUCACUGUCAAUCCUAUGGAGGAGCAAGCAGUGCCGUCAUGCGGCACGCACGCGGGCGCGGACAGCUCGGACGGCGAGUCGUGCUCCGACUCCGACUCCGACCACCACGACUCCUCCGACGACGACGACGAAGUGAUGCCGGGCAAGGAGCACAAGUACAGGAACAUCAGCCAACUGGAGUGGGACAACAGCACCAUGUAAUGCGUCCGCGCACCCCCCCUCGCUCUGUCCUCUCUCGCCCGCGGACGACCUUGUUUCUAUACACGACUUCUACUACUUACUGAAUCAUAAGAUACCGUCUCACGCUGUGGUAAUUUGAACCCUGGGCCACGAAAUUAAGAUUUAAAAUCGUUUAAUAACAUUUUAUGUUUUAUAAUACAGACUUGAGUUUAACUAACGCAGUGGGAAUUUGAACCCUGUGUAAUAGAAUUAAGAUUGAAAAUCGCUUGAUAAUAUGUCUUGUUUUUUACGACAGAUUGGAUAUGUUUUUUUUUGACACUUCUUGUUUCUCGCUUGCUUGUAUAUGUUAUAAAUAUGACUUUAUCGAUUAUUGACAAGUUGAAUUCUUCUAUCUUUAAUGUAUCUUUGGAUACCUGUUUUUUUAUUUCUCAAACAAUCUUUUGAUUUAUUUCAAGCUUUUACUAAUGUCUUGAAAAAAGUCAAUUGUUGUUAUCUCUUCUUUUUUCUAUAUUUCUCAUAUCUGUAUAACGUAAAAUGAGAAUUGAUGUAUAGUGGUGAAAUGGUAUUAAAGAUCAGGGAAUUACGAUCAAAAUAAUGUAUUUAGAUUUUAAUGUUUAAAAGUACUUAAUAAAUUAUUCGAACAAUGUCUGUCCCUGUAUCUGCAACUUAGAUGACUUUACAUUGCAACUUUGAAAGUAUAGUGCGCAGGACGUACUCUGGUAAUAUCGCCCAUUUUACUACAGUGUCGUGUAUAGAAACAUGGCCAACGAAUCGAAGCGAGAUAUCAGUACAUUUCGGUAACGGAAUUGAUUUCUAUAACCGGUCGGUUAUUGUACCUAUGUAGUUUGUAUGGAAGCUUUCGGCACAAACACGCGUGGCACAAGACUUCGUGUGCAACGCGCUUUAUGUACGCACGCGCAAAACAUUGAGGCAGUUGUUACAGCUACGAUAUUUGAGAUUAUUUUAUACACUUGAGAUUAUUGAAACACGAAAAUCUGGCUAUAAUAUUUGUAUUUCAUUUGGAAUCUUCAGGUUUUCACCAGCUGUCAAACAACUGUCAACGUCAUAAAUGUCAUUUUGACGUUUGUAUCGAGUGACGCGAGCGCGAUGCGUGCACAGAGCGCGGCCGCAUACAUUUUAUUUGUAGUCUAUUCUAAGGUCUUUAAAAAAUGAUCAUAUCAAAUUUAUACGUAAAACGAAAUAUUAUUUGACUCCUCGCUUGCUUUCGUAGAAGGAAAUAUGUCGUUGUUCUAAAAUAUAGAGCUCUUACACUUUUUCUAUUCGUUUCUACACUUAAGACAAAUGAAAAAAAAAACUGUAUGUAUUAAAUCGUAGUCGUUGUAAUUUCGUAUGGAAUCGGUCAUAAGAGGAUAAUUAGUAUGUAAGCGGUCAGAUACUAUGAUUGUAUAUUAUUGGAUACAUAAGAUAACGUACGCUUCACAGAUUGUAAACCGUUGUGUUGCGAGCCGGGCCCUCCCCGGACAUUCCGCAUUUAGUUGAGUACAAGACAAAAGACGCAUUUAUUUACGGUACAAAAUGCUUCGUUAUUCCCCCAAGUGUGUAGUUUUUAAAGUAUUUGUCUCUCGACAAAAAAUGUCCAACACUUAAACCCUUUACGAGCUUCUCGACAAAAUCGGCUUAAAUGUAUAUUAGGCACAGAGUUAUUUGAAAAAAAAAAAAUAGAUGUACGAUAUUAUACACAUUAUACAGAUGGUAUCGGUUUAGGAUCAGCUACUAUAUAAUGAACUAUAUUAAUUAUAUAUAUAUUUUGAAUGCGUUAAGGGAUUUUUACUAACAAUUAGGUACUAAGUGGCUAUGUGUUAGUGACGCUCGCGACCUCUGGGAAAUGGCAAACGAGACGCGUCGUCGAAUAGGCGUAAGGUUAGUUAGUGGUCAGUCGUCAGGCAGUCGUCAGUCUGUCGUCACGCCGGCGUCCCGCUCGGACGUGCAUAUCAGGACCGUUUGCCAUAUUAGCGUAGAUGUGUGAGUGGGACGUACAACGGUAAGCAAUGUUGUGGACAUAAUCAUCGGUGUACUCUUGUAGGUGACGUCACGUGUUGUUUUCUCUAUCGUUUCUCUGUUCUGACUGCGUUGUGUUUACGUUAAGUUUUGCUGUGAAGCCGUCUCUAGUGACUGCUGGGACUGUGUCGGAACGCGCAUACAAUUAUAGUAAAAGAGCAGCUAAACUUGUCGCGUGAUGUCCGCAAGUCACAGGGACGCUUCACACGGAGGAGCAGCGAGCAAUGUGUUUGGGUAGGUACUUGUUAACUUUUCUAAAUUAUUUCGUUAGUAGAUGAACAAUUUUAGUGCCAUUUAAUAUUUCAUACAACGAGUUGUUUUCCACCAAACGGUUGCUCGUUGUUCUCGUUAUUUGUUGAUGUCCACCCGACAGCCGUCCAGUGCCCAUUUCCCCCGCCUCCCCCCAUUUACUUGUUAAGAUCUGAACAGUUGGAGUCCAAGCUCAAACCCGCACAAAGCAGGCAUCCCUGAACAUUCAGUCUGUCCUAAAGUAUUACUUGAGGUAGCUACUUAUAUUCUUUUUUAUCAUUACUAUUUUAUUGUAAUACAUUUUAUUUUUUCUUUUUGUAUUAUCUCGGUAUUAUUACUGUAUAAUUAGGGAACUUCUUUGAUGUAUGAAUUAUUAUAUUUUAGCUAAAAAUAAAGUUGGUUUAAAAUA